AUGAAAGAUUUGGGCAUUUUACAUUGGUUUUUAGGCAUUGAGUUUAAGUGUUCUGAUGACGAAAUGGAAAUGAGCCAAAGCCGUUACGCAGAAAAAAUAUUGGCAAAAUUUGAAAUGUCCGAUUGCAAACCCAAAAAGGCACCGUCACUUCUCGAACACGAUAAAUUAAUGUGCAUGGAUUCACCCGAAUUAGAGGAUCCUAACUUGUAUAGACGAGUUGUUGGGAGUCUGAAUUACUUUAUGACAGGCCUUAGGCCGGACUUAUGCUAUGUAGUUACCAAACUGUCUCAAUACAUGUCCAAACCGACUGUUGCAUCAUUAAAUGCAGCAAAGCAUGUCCUAAGAUACCUUAGGGGGACACCACAAUUAAAUCUAACGUUUAGAAAGAGCGAGAACCCUUUAGAAUUGGUAGGAUACAGUGAUUCAGAUUGGAGGGGGAAUGCUAGUCACAGGAAGAGCAUUUCCGGAUACGCUUUUCUAUUGUCAGAGGGAGGACCUCUGAUAUCCUGGAAAAGCAAGAAGCAGCAGGUAGUUGCACUUUCUACUUGUGAGGCAGAAUAUAUAGCUAUGGCUGAGGCAGUGUAG